AUGGAAAAAGAAUCUCUAGGAGAACCGGUAAAAAUUCGAACAAACUACUUUGAAGUUACUAAGAUGCCGAAAAUGAAAAUUAUACAUUAUGUUAUAAUGAUAAAGCCCGAGGUUCCUCCGCGAUUAAAUAGAAAAAUAUUCAAUCAUUUUUCGGAGAAAAACCAAGAAGCCCUUGGGGGCGUGAAAUUAGAGAAAGGUAGCGAGCCCAUAUCUAGAAUACGUUCAUCUGAAACAUUUAAAAUUACAAUAAGAAAAGCUAGAGAUAUUGACAUGGAGGACCUAUCCCAAUUUUUACAUGCAAAAGGCAAGAUGACCAACAAUUGCCAAAUAGCAAUAACGGCAAUGGACACCAUUAUCAGUUACGAGAUUUCUGCAAAAUAUCCUACUGUAUGUAAAUCAUUUUACACUUCGCAGGGAGCUAGAUCACUCUUUGGGGAUAUUGAGGCUUGGCAGGGGUAUUACCAAUCAGCACGUCCCACAAUGGGCAAAAUGAUGAUAAACAUAGAUGUAAUUGCUACCGCUUUCUAUGAGAGUGGUCCGCUUAUUCAGAUGAUUGCAAAAAUACUGGGUCUUAGAUCUCCCAAAGAUCUACGUGAAGGAUUAUCAGAUAAAGACCGUCAAAAUGUUGAGAAAAGAAUAAAAAAUCUUAAAAUAAGUGAUAAUCAUAGAGUGGAAAAUAGGCGAAAAUUUAAGAUUAUGAAAUUAACUCAAACCCCAGCUUCUUACACUAUGUUUGAUGGAGUUGACGGUAGUAAGACUGAUGUGAAAACCUAUUUUCAAAAUAAAUACAAUAUACGUCUAUUAUAUCCAUUUCUUCCUUGCGUUGUCGUAAGUAAAAAUAAAUAUCUUCCAAUAGAAGUUUGUGACGUAAUUCCGGGACAACGAUAUAUGGGGAAGGAUACGAAUCUAGCAAAUGAAAUGACAAACUUUGCUCGUCAAAAUCCUAACAUUCGUGCAGAUAAGAUCAAGGCUUGUCUCAAUAUAUUAAAUUAUAAAGAAAACGAAUACCUUAAACAAUUCGGGAUGGAAAUAUCAAACGAUAUGACCGUGGUGAAUGCUAGGAUUCUCCCUACUCCAACAAUUCAAUACCAUCAAUCAUCAAGGGAGAAUCGUGUCCAGCCGAAUGGUGGAUCAUGGAAUUUACGAAAUAAAAAAGUAAUAAAUGGUGCCACCCUCGGCUCAUGGUCAGUUUUGGUCUUUUCAAAUUCUAGUGAUCAAGCUAUUGAGUUUUUCGUGAGAGAAUUAAUUGUUACAUGUCAAGAUACGGGAAUGAAUAUCUUUGAGAGGAAACCUCCAAUAUGUCGUGAAAAUCCUAUAGGAAAUACUGAAGAAUCAUUAAAAAAAGCUUGGUUGAGGGCUGGAAACAGUGCGAAGGCUAAACCACAGCUUAUUCUUUGUAUUCUCCCAAAUACUGGAUCACAUUUAUAUGCCGAAAUUAAACGUGUUAGUGACACAGUUAUUGGUGUCGCAACACAGUGUGUCCAAAGUACACACACGAUAAAACCAAAAAAACAAUAUUGUGCGAACGUCUGCCUAAAGAUGAACGUUAAACUUGGAGGAGAGAAUUCAUUCCUCAUUCCUGAACAUAUUCAAUUUUUGGCAGAUGAGCCUACUAUUUUGAUGGGCGCAGACGUUACUUAUCCUUUGCCUGGCGAUAUCAAAUGUCUAUCUUACGCUGCUCUAUGUGGUUCUAUGGACGCUAAGGCAUCACGUUAUGCAGCGUCAAUUAGAGUUCAAUCUGGCCGUACUGGAAUAAUAAAAGAUUUAGCAAAUAUGGUUAAGGAAUUGUUAAAAAUAUUUUAUCAAACUUGUGGGAGAAAACCUAAAAAAAUUUUAUUUUACCGAAAUGGAGUUUCAAAGAGUCAAUUUAUAAAGGUACUAGAGUGUGAGCUAACCGCGAUUAAAGACGCGUGUCAAAAGCUUGAGGCUAAUUAUAAACCCACUAUCACAACGGGAAAUUGUUUUCCUGGUACUGUCGUUGAUAUGAAUAUUACACAUCCACAUCCACUUGAAUUUGAUUUUUAUUUAUUAAGUCAUGCCGGACUACAUGGAACGUCUCGGCCAACCCAUUAUUAUGUUUUAUAUGACCAAAACGGAUUUGAUGCAAAUAAGUUACAAAUGUUAUCUUAUAAUCUUUGCCACACAUCUGUGCGUUGUACGUGUGCAGUAUCUUUGGUACCUCCGGUAUAUUACGCCCAUUUAGCUGAGAUCUCAUUUGGAGUGGUAAAGAAAGAGCUGAGAAAGGUUAUGUACUUUAUAUAA